AUGCUUGGUUUGUCAGAUAAUGCUGUCCACGUGUGGCCCAAGGGGGCCUUCCGCAGCCUAGUCGUUGCGGUACUCAUUGCGCUUGCUCCUCAAGGAAGCAAUGCGACGUUAAAGGCCAAACUUUCUGCUGAUGCUCAUCUUGCUGUAGGUGCUGGGCAGGAAGUCACGAGAGCGGGAACCUUGCAGGUCGGAGAAGCGACCGUUGCAGAGAAUGUAGAGUUCCUCUCCAAGACCCUUUCGAGGUUCAGAAGCUUUGCGCUCAAUGCGCAGCAAAGUGUCGAAGAGCGCCAUCAGAAUGAGGAGCAGCGCCUUCAGGAGGCUGUUGCGCAAGCAAAAGAUCCCAAGGUAAAGACAGCUUUGCAGCAAAGUGUUGCCUCCAAUAAGGAAUCCUUAGAUGAGACGAAGAGCAUCUACAGCAACAUUGUAACUUUCUCUGAUAGCAUGCUCUCACUCCUCAAGAAGACCUCGUCGUCAGGUUACAACUGCGAUCAGCUCGCUUGUGGACUUCACGCGUCUUGUGCAGACACCCUCAAUGGUGCCAGUUGUGUAUGUGAUGAAGGCUACAUCGGUCAGGGAAAGGACUGCCAAGCACCUCCCGCAUUUGCGCCCCACCUCCUCCUGGGCGAAAAUGCAGUCCACGCCAGCGAUGUCCAUGUCACCGCCUUCGAUGGCAACAAAAUCGCUGUGGUCUUCCGUGACGAAAACAAGGGCAACUCCGGAGCUCUGGUCGUCGGAACUGUGCAGGAGGCUGGCUCGAUAGAGCUUUCGCCUCUCGAGAUCUUCACAGCAGCAGGUGCGCAAGCAUUCUCGCCAGUUGUAGCUGGAAGCGACAGCCGCAGCUUGGCCAUCGCCUGGCGAGACAGCGCCAAAUCGGGAGCAUGCAGGCUUCGCGCUGCAAAGCUGGGUGCAUCCGGCAUUCGUGGAGCUGAAAUGGCAUUGUCGUGGGGACCUGCGGUGGAUUUCUGCAACGAUCAGGCUCACAAGAUGUCCAUUCAAGCGUUCGACAAGAACCGCUUUGUUGUGCUGUAUUCAGACAAGGCCCGUGGGCCUGACCCUUCGCACAUGGAGUCCUUUGGGAACUCCAUUCUGGCUGAUGUUGGAGAAUUGGGCAAUGUCUCCAUGCUAGGCAACUUCCGAUUUACUGACAGCGCUGUUGCACGCUUAGAGGCCACGAAGGUGAGCAAGAACGGCUUUGUCCUGGCGGCCCGAGCCUCUCCUGCAGUGGACGAGAUGAAUCCACAAACAGUCAAGCAGGAGGCAAUGGCCAUCUAUGGAGAGCUGGUCGGUGAAGACCUAGUGUUUGACCCCAACCCGGUGAAUCUGGAGCCGAAAGAGGGUCAGAUCUGGGCCAGAGGAGUUUCGCUCAUUGCGCCCAACACCCUGGCCUAUGCCUACCAAGAUGGCAAGAACUCGCAGCUCAAGAUCGCUGUCUUGGACAUCCAUCCGCAGACUCAUCGAAUGCAGGUGGCGCAUGCGCCUGAGGCUCUCGGGAAAGGGGUUUCGCCCUACGUUUCCAUGUUGUCGCUGCCGUAUUCGGCGUCAGAUCCAUAUGCGAUGACCUACUUCCAAGGUGAUGAGGGCGAGAGCCUGCUGAGCAUCUGUGGUCUGAGCGCCGAGCGCAGGCUGCAAAACUGCGAGGACUUCCCGUGGCUAACGCAGAAAGUGUCCAGCGUUUCUGGCGCCUCUCUUGGAGAUGGCCGAGUCGUCAUGGCCUUCGCAACGCCAUCUGGGGUUCCGUACUACAGCCUGUUCGGCUUGUCGAAGAAAUGA